GCUGUGCCUACUGCGGGUUCAGCAGCUAAAUAUGAGUGCAGAUUUUCGAGCCUCGCAGUAGCGUCUCGCACGUAAUGGCCAGGAGAACUCACUUCUCCGAGCUACUCUAAUAUGCUCGGUGUUCCAGGUGUGAGCGCAUUACCGGACCAGUCUCAGAAUGACCACCGGCUUCAGCUCCGGUUCCUCCCGGUUCGCAGAUUAUUUUGUGAUCUGCGGACUCGACACCGAAAGCGGGCUGGAACCCGACGAACUGUCCGCUUUAUGCCAGUAUAUAGAGGAUACUAAAUUCAGAGAUGGGGCCAGAGGAAAAUUGGCGAGGUCAAACGAAGGUGAGAAUUUUGAGCAGAGUCCGUUGCGGAGAACUUUUAAAUCCAAAGUCCUAGCACAUUAUCCUGACAAUGUUGAGUGGAAUCCAUUCGACCAGGAUGCAGUUGGCAUGCUCUGCAUGCCGAAGGGUCUGUCCUUCAGGACGCAGGUUGACUCCAGAGAGCCGCAGUUCCACUCGUUCAUCAUCACCAGAGAGGACGGCUCGCGGACCUACGGCUUCGCCCUCACUUUCUUCGAGGAGGUGACCAGCAAGCAGAUAUGCAGUGCAAUGCAGACUCUUUACCACAUGCACAACGCAGAGCAGUACGACAUCUUGCACACCCAAACAACCCCGCACGGACCGGAGGACCAGCGCCUCCCGCAGCCCCGCCCUGUGCUCCAUGCCGCUCCGGCCAUCUCCCGUCUGCAGCGCUUCAACUCGUACGACAUCAGCCGCGACACGCUGUACGUGUCCAAAUGCAUCUGCCUGAUCACGCCCAUGGCUUUUGCCCAGGCCUGCAGAAAGGUGCUGGAGCAACUUCACCAGGCCGUCACGUCCCCCCAAGCUCCCCCGCUCCCGCUGGAGAGCUACAUCUACAACAUUCUGUAUGAGGUGCCUCUCCCGCCAUCGGGGCGUUCACUCAAGUUCUCGGGCGUCUACGGUCCUGUUGUGUGCCAGAGGCCAAGCACGUCCGAGCUCCCGCUCUUUGACUUUGCCAUCAGUGAAAUGUUCAAUCUGCUCGGAGUGGAGAACGUUCUACAGCUGUUCACCUGCGCCCUGCUUGAGCUGCAGAUCCUCCUCUACUCACAGCAUUACCAGAGGCUGAUGACGGUGGCGGAGAGCAUCACAGCCUUGAUGUUCCCCUUCCAGUGGCAGCAUGUCUAUGUUCCCAUUCUGCCCGCUUCCCUCCUGCACUUCCUGGACGCUCCCGUACCGUAUUUGAUGGGCCUCCACUCCAACGGGCAGGAUGACCGCACAAAGCUAGAGCUGCCACAGGAGGCUAACUUGUGUUUUGUGGACAUUGAUAAUCACUUCAUUGAACUGCCGGAGGAGUUGCCGCAGUUUCCCAACAAACUGGAGUUCAUUCAGGAGAUCUCCGAGGUUCUCAUGUCGUUCGGCGUCUCUCCGGAGGGAAACAUCCACUCCAGUGAGAGCCAGGGAAGAUCCCGCUUCCGUUCUGUCGACAUGGUCUCCGACAAGCGCAACGGCAACCUGGGGUCGCCCCUCACCUCCUACCUGCUCAGGGAGAACGAGACGAUCGCCCGGCUGCAGGCGCUGGUCAAGAGAACAGGCGUGAGCCUGGAGAAGUUGGAGGUGAGAGAUGAUGCCAGCUGCAACAAAGAUGCACGGACUCAAUGCGAUGAAGAAGAGCUGAAGAUGCACCAGCUCAACAUCCAAGUGCGCGAGGUCUUUGCCAACCGAUUCACGCAGAUGUUCGCCGAUUACGAGGUGUUCGUCAUCCAGCCGAGCCACGACAAAGAGUCCUGGUUCACCAAUAGAGACCAGAUGCAGAACUUUGACAAGGCCUCCUUCCUAUCUGAUCAACCAGAACCCUACCUGCCCUUCCUGUCACGUUUCCUGGAGACUCAGAUGUUUGCCUCCUUCAUCGAUAGUAAGAUUCUUUGUCAUGACGAUGAGGAGAAAGAACACACACUAAGGGUGUUCGAUUCCCGUGUGGACAAGAUCCGCAUGCUGAACGUCCGUACUCCUACGCUGCGGACCUCCAUGUACCAAAAAUGCACCAACAUCGAAGAAGCGGACGGGCCAAUUAAAAAGCGCUUUGAAAAAACUGAUUUUGUCGCUGCGGGACCACAAAUCAUUGGGCUGGAGAAAAACAAGACCAACCAUCAGAAAGCUAUUGAGAUGAGAGUGGCAAAGAUUGACCACACCGCGCUGCACCCCCACCUGCUCGACAUGAAGAUUGGCCAGGGCCGCUACGAGCAGGGCUUCUUCCCCCGGCUGCAGUCGGACGUGCUCUCCACGGGGCCCACCAGCAACAAAUGGGCUAAGAGAAGUGCUCCGGCUCAGUGGAGGAGGAGAGACCGGCAGAAGCAACACGCUGAACACCUUUAUCUGGACAAUGACCAGAGAGAGCAUGUAGAGUGUUUGUUUCCGGAGCCGCAGCUCCUGCUGUUUCUUGACUACUACUGGCUCUCGCAGUCCUUCAGGCCCUGUCUGAAGUCGGUGUCUGUGGACUUGAAAUACAUCCAGGAAGCUCGAAACUUGGGCACCACCAUCAGACAGCCUAAACUGUCCAACCUGUCGCCCUCUGUCAUCGCUCAGACCAACUGGAAGUUUGUUGAAGGAUUAUUGAAAGAGUGCAGGAACAAGACAAAACGAAUGCUGGUAGAGAAGAUGGGUCGAGAGGCCGUGGAGUUGGGUCACGGCGAGGUUAGCAUCACAGGUGUGGAGGAGAACACCUUGAUUGCAAGCCUCUGUGACCUCCUGGAGAGGAUCUGGAGUCACGGGCUGCAGGUUAAACAGGGGAAAUCCGCCUUAUGGUCCCACCUCCUGCAUUACCAGGACAGCAAAGAGAAGAAUGCCACUCCAGGCGGGUUGGGACCUCCAGGGUUCAUUCAUGACACGGAGCGGAGGAAAUCUGAUGGCGGUGGAUCAGCCAUGCCUCCGCUCAGGAUCUCCCUGAUCCAGGACAUGAGACACAUUCAGAACAUUGGGGAGAUCAAGACCGACGUGGGCAAGGCCAGAGCCUGGGUCCGCCUCUCCAUGGAGAAGAAACUGCUUUCCAGACACUUGAAGCAGCUGCUGUCAGAUCACGAGCUAACAAAAAAACUGUACAAGCGUUACGCCUUCCUGCGCUGUGACGACGAGAAGGAGCAGUUCCUUUACCAUCUGCUGUCCUUUAAUGCUGUCGAUUACUUUUGUUUCACCAACGUCUUCACAACCAUCAUGAUCCCUUACCAUGUGGUGAUCGUUCCAAGCAAGAAGCUCGGCGGCUCCAUGUUCACAGCCAACCCCUGGGUGUGUGUUUCCGGGGAGCUGUCGGAGACCGGAGUCCUUCAGGUCCCCAGAAACACAUUGGAGAUAACUUUUGAGUGUCAGAACCUGGGAAAGCUCACAACGGUACAGAUGGGUCACGACAACUCAGGACUGUACGCCAAGUGGCUUGUGGAGUGCGUCGUGGUCCGGAACGAGAUCACAGGACACACUUACAAGUUUCCAUGUGGUCGCUGGUUGGGGAAAGGCGUAGAUGAUGGUAGUCUGGAAAGGAUACUGGUGGGAGAGCUGAUGACCCCCACUACUGAAAAUGAUGAGCGGAUGUGCCGCACACCGCCCAUGCAGCAGUCUCCAGGGAUGAUGAGGAGAUUUGUUACCAUCUCACCAAGCAGCAAACCAAAGUUGAAUACAGGCCAGAUCCAGGAGGGAGUGGGAGAGGCCAUCAAUGGGAUCGUUAAACACUUCCACAAGCCAGAGAAGGAGAGAGGCAGUCUGACGCUGCUGCUGUGUGGGGAGUACGGUCUCGUCUGGGCUCUGGAGCAAGUUUUCCAGCACGGUUUUAAAUCACCUCGACUCUUUAAGAAUGUCUUCAUUUGGGACUUUUUGGAGAAGGCACAAGUGUACUUUGAAAGUGCUGAGCAACAGGAGGCGACCCCAGAUGAAAACUGGCAAACCAGAGUGCGCCACUUCUGCCGCUUCAUGCGGGCCAUCAAUAGCACGUCGAGAAAUAUUGGCAAGGACGGGAAGUUUCAGAUGCUUGUCUGUCUGGGAGCAAGGGACCAUUUGCUGCAUCACUGGAUCGCUCUGCUUGCAGAUUGUCCAAUCACCUCCCAGAUGUACGAGGACACUGCGCUCAUUAAGGACCGCUCACUGGUAAACUCCCUGAUCCGCGUGCUACAGACUCUGCAGGAGUUCAACAUCACCCUGGAGGCUUCGUUAGUCAAAGGAGUUGGCAUCUGAAACUAAACCACGCUCUCCACCAGUUGUACCCAACAGGAAUAUCACAGAGGACCACUAAGAGAAAAGAAUAACUGAACUUUUUUUAAUGCAGGAACAGACUUGAACAAAGAACACUUUCUGGCUUACUGAAGCUACUGUCACAUUUGCCAUAUGUUAAGUGCAAUGAGCCUUUCAAAAUUUAUUUUUAUCCUCAAUGAUGAUGAUGAUGCCAUUAGAUGUUGGAGAAUUAUGUUUUCUAUUAUGGACCAUGGUUUUCACGACAUUGAGGAUGACCUUGUUCUAUAAUGUUUUACUGAAAGCUCAAUAUUUUCAUUGUUGCCGUGACUCGAGGACAGCGGUUCUAUUUAAGGGAAAGCGAGGAUUAAAACUGUUAAUAUAUUUUGGGAUAAAAACAGUAUUAUUUUGUUAAAUCGGUGCAGUUGCUUGCUCUGUUGUCAAAUCUGAUUUUUAAAUGUCAUAACGCAGAGUUUAAAGCAAAUGAUGUAGAAGUAUGCUUUAUAAGUAUGCAUAUGACAGGAUGGCUCAUAGAGUGGUAGGUGAUUUUGUUUUAUUUUUUUUAUGCAAGUUUGACUCUUUCCCAAGCAAACAUACAUGUAUGUAUGCAAAUAUUUUAUUUGGAAUACCUUCAGUUGAAGAAUAGGUCCUCCUAUCACGAUGACUGUGUGGCUCAAGCCUGCUCCGAGUGACAAAUGGAGCAACUUUAUUUUCAGUUGGUUUUAGGAAAAUAAAACCAAGAGCGCUCCAGGAGAUGGUUGACCCUGUUAUUUUUGCAGUUAACUUCAACCUUCAGUGUAAAUACCUCCCAGCAGCCAUAUCCUUCUACUAUCAUUGCAGCCCUUACACUACAUAUACUCUGUUCUUUGAACUACAACGUGAUGACCUGAGUAGUUCCUGUGCUGACUUCUGACCUGAUAACUAUGUGAGGAGCUCAAAGGACUAUUUUAUUUACCCCACACUUGUUCCUGGUUUUUGUCAUCAUGGUUUCUUGCUAUGCAAUAACUACAAGAGAAAACUGAGAUAUUACCGGGCUCUUUCCAUUUACAUAGGAUUGGACUUUAUCUUGUGGAAUAAGAGAUUUGAUAUAUGAUGGACUUUUUUUUGUGUGCCAACGGCGUCUGGAAUGACUGUGUUGUACUCGUCUGUGCGACCCACAAAGGCAUCUUGGGAGAUAUAUAUUUUUCUUUUCCAGUACAGUUGUACAUUUAUCGACAUACUUGUGUAAUGUAGUGUUUACUAAGUGAGCAAACGUGUACAGUGUAAAAAUAUUAAGAAUAAAGCAUCUGUAAAGCAUUA